AUGAUCAGCCACAUAGGCCUCACCGUCUCCCACCUCCCUACCUCAUGUUCCUUCUUCUUGGCCGCGCUGCAACCGCUCGGCUACAAGUACAUUGGCCAGCAGGGGAAUCAAGUGGGCUUCGGAAUCAGAGAUGAAGCCGACUUCUUCCUCUGCCAGGAGACUCCUGGAAUCAAGGCUGGCGCUGCUCACAUUGCCUUUUCGGCACCUGACCGCAUUGCCGUGAGGAAUUUCUACACGGCUGCCCUCACCGCCGGCGCACGCCCCCAUGGGUCCCCAGCCACCCGAGAUGCGGAGAAUGGCGUGUUCAACGCGGCUGUGCUUGACUUCGACGGCAACAGCAUCGAGGUCAUGUUCAAGGAAAACGUCGAUCCCAUGGAUGAUUCGCAAUCCGUCGGCGGCUUCAGCAGAGUCCUGACCUGGCGAAAGUCGGUCAACGGAAGCGUGCGUGACGACGAGUCGGUCAUCAGCGGCUCCACGGUCAAGACGGCCACGAGGACUGUCGUCCCGUAUCAGGCGCCGAAGAGCGCUGGCCCCGGCUCUGUUUACGCGCCGUCCGUCAAGGCCGAGUCUGUUGCGCCUAGCUACACGCGAACUCAGUCUGCGCCCGUUGUACCCAGGGCCUCGAAAGAGGAACUGAAUCCGGAGCUCAUGGCUGAUGCUGGUGCUCGAAAGAUCAUCGGUACGCUCAUCGGCGCCGCAGCCGGCGCCGCCGUGGCCUAUGCCAUGGUCAAGAGUGAGCGUGACAGCGCGAAAGAAGAGGCUGCAGCAAUCGCUGCGUCGCAAGCCGGAUCGCAGAAGGCGCAGUCGGUGAGGGAGCCGUCGCAGAAGGCACCCAGCGUCGCGCCGCAGUCCGAGUUUGGCGGAUACACGCCGUCUCAGGUGCAGCAGAUGAUCCAGUACGAGCGCGCACCGUCGCAGCGCGGCUUCAGCGAGACGGAAUCCAUGUACAGCGCUCCGCGCCAGCGCAUGGCUAUCGAGGCCGCGCCGGCGCGUAGCACUCACGCCCCCACGCUGGUUUCAGCGCUGCAGUCGGGCGCUACGACAGUCAGGCAAGCCCACCGUAACUUCAGCGAAACUGAGUCCAUGUACAGCUCUGCCGACAGCCGGGACCGCUAUUCGCGUGCGCUGGAAAACGCGCCGCAAACAAUCAAGAAUCUUAACCCGACAUGCGUGUCAGUCGCGCAGACAUCAGUAUCGAAGCGUAACGACGACGUUGAGUACAUCCCCGCCUCGAGCGUCGGUCCGCGCAGCACCUACUCGCGCAAGAGCAGCAGUCCUUCCGUCAUCUCCGAGAUGCCCAAGAGCAGCCGCGCGCCGUCACAAGCUCCUUCCAAGGCGCCCUCACAAUCGCCCUCCAAAUCCGGUUCUAAAGCGCCCUCUCUCAUCUCCAGCUUCCGCCCGGACGACGACGACGACCGCAAGUCACACGUCUCGGAAUCCCGCCGCAGCAGCGCGCCCAGCGCACACAGCUCGCGCUCGAAGGCCGACCGCCUCGACUCUGUCGACGAGAGCGCCGAGCGCCGCAGCUCCGCUGGCAGCAUGCGCUCGCACCACAGCUCAAAGUCCAAGGCCAAGUCUCUCAUCUCCAGCUUCGUCGCCGAGGACCGCGAGGACUACCCGCCCACGCCGCCCAAGUCGACCGCGCCCUCGGCUGUCGAGCGCCGCAGCUCGGCCGCCAGCACGCACUCGACCAAGUCCAAGGCCUCGACCGUGAAGCCGGAAGGCACGAAGGCGCCGUCCCUGAUCGGCAGCAUCCUGGGCCGCAACAAGAACUCGGAAAACGACGACGACGGCCCGUCCGACCUCGACACCGUCGCGCCGUCCGACUCCAUCUCCAACGCCGGGUCGUCCCGCUCGUCGCUGCGCCGUGGCUCGAGGAAGGAGGAGGAUGCCGACGGUGACGACGCGAGGAGUUCGCACAGCAGGCACUCGAAGCACAGUAAGCACAGUAGCUCCUCCAGACACUCGUCCAAGUCGAAACACCGCAGCGGCGACGACGACGGCGACAAGAAGAGCCACGUCUCGUCGCGCUCGCACAAGAGCAGCUCGAGUCGCAGGAGCGAGCGCAAGGAGGAAGAAGACGUCGUGCGCCCCUCGACCAUCAGCGAGCCGAGCGAGGCCAGCACCGUCAAGCCGUACAAGCCGCGCAAGGACAGCGUCGUGAGCCUGCCGACCAGGAAGCUCGAGGGCAGCAUCGUCGACGGCGGAAAGCAGAGGAGCGUGGUGAGUUAUGCGGGUUGA